UCUUCACACGUGCUAGUAAUUAUUAAAUAUUUUAAUUUUUCUGAUAUUGUACCGUUAAAUAAAAAUGUUUUAGUUUUAACAAACGAACAGAUAAAACGGAGGCUAUGUAGCAUUUAUUAUAUGUUUCACCUUUAACGAUUUUGUUGAAUAAUAUUCAUCGACAGUCAAUUAUUUUCAAACAUCACGUUAUGGAUGUAUACAUUCUUAUUCAUUAUUCGACGACUAGUGAUUAAUGUGUUUUCCAUUACAUCAAUUGAGAGCAAUGCGCAUGCGUAAACUUGUAUUAUAAAAGACACUGUAACUGAGAACACACGGGUGUAUAGUAAAGACAAAAUUGCCGAUUGUUUACAAAAUAUGUCGUACUCCCGAUAAAUCGGCGCGAUCUUUGCGUGAAGAUAACAGAUAAUUCGAAAGAGCAUAAAAUGGCACCUGACUUCCCAGAAAUUGAUCACAAUAAAAUCAAAAGAAAUAGACUAACAGUCACAUUCGAAAUGAACUCCAAAACAAACCGAAUACAAAAUAAUGAAUGGAAAAACAGUUGUCAUCAAAAAAUGUCUUCAAUGUUACCUUCAGUUUCAGAACUUAAACAGUACAUAUCAGUCGUUAUAUGUGGCAUAUUAUUAUGGGGAACAUCUUGGUUUGUAUUUAAAGAAGCCGUUCUACCCGGAUCUGAUAUUUUUACCAUGAUAACUCUAGUUGUAAUUGGUUAUGUCUUCGGGCACACGCUAGAAAGAUAUACAACAAUUAACCCUGUUGUUGGAAUGACUCUUGUAGGUGCUCUGUGCCGGACCUUCAGUCCGAAAAAUUUUCUGGAUAAUCCUUCAGCAAAUGUUAUUGAUUUUCAUCUAAGGCGUAUUUAUCCAGUUAUAAUUUUAACAAAGGGUCCGCUUUCAUGGAACUGGAAAUAUAUAAAGAGAAAUUCGGUAAAAGUUUUCACAUUGGCAACACUCCCCUGGAUUAUCGAGUGUUUGACGACGGCAUUUCUUACUCACGUACUUUUCGGGUUUCCUUGGUACUGGGGUAUACACCUUGGAGCCAUAUUAUCGUCAGUAUCGCCAGCAGUUAUAGUACCUACAACCAUACAACUCAGUUCAAAGGGAUUUGGUGUGAAGAAUCAAAUAGCACUAUUGGUUGCAAAUGCGGGUGGUUUAGAUACAGCCUUUACCGAGGGCAUGUUUGGAGUUAUCAACAGCGCUAUAUUCUCUCAAUCGCCGCCCAUAUACCGCAUAGUUAAGGCGCUGCUUGCAAUUUUCAUCGGCAUCGGCUUGGGUGUCACGUGGGGAGUGUUGGCGGAUUUUCUGCCUAACCACAGUGAUUUUUAUGCGCCAACAAUUCGAAGUCUUCAUAUUUUUGCUGGAGGUAUCUUUAUCACGUACGCGGCCGGAUACCUCAGUUGGGGUGGUAUAUCUGGCGUAGCAAUUAUGGUGUGCGCGGGGGCAGCAGCUACAAGAUGGGCCCGAUGCGAUUGGCCAAUCAAUAACAAUCCCGUCUCUGAAGUUUACAAACUACUAUGGACAAUUUUUGAACCGAUGCUGUUUACUCUGAGUGGCUACUUUUUGGAGGUAUCAGAAAUUACACUGAAGGAUUUCGGCUUGAUAGUGGCCUGCAUAUUUUCAGCUCUUAUCAUAAGAAUGCUAACCGCCUUCUUAGUCGCAGUCGUUAAUGGAUUAUCUGUAAAAGAAAGUAUUUUUAUUGCUAUAACUUGGACACCUAAAGCCAUUGUCGAGGCUGUGUUAGUCCGAGUGGCCACAGAUUCCUUAUGGACAGAAGGCACCACAGCUCACGAUAGGUGGAUCGCCAAACAACAUGCGAAUAUGAUUGUUAUUGCUAUUUUAAUAACGUCUACAUUAGGUUCAAUAUUAACAACCGUUUUGGGUCCCAUUUUACUUUCUAAUGAUGCAAAAGUUGUCCCAGAAGAUCUCUUUCAGCCGCAAACACGCUCUGUGCCGCAACACUCCGAUUUUGCUACAGAAAAUAAUACCCUAGAUACCUUACAAUACAUAGACGCGCAAUAAAAUGUUAAAAACGA